CAAAUCGUUCCAUCGCUCUUUUCGCAUCUGGACUUGAACCGGUGUGGACUAUUUGUACUCAGAGUAAAGACUUGGUGAAAAAGACUCGAGAUGAGCUUCGGUGAGGAUCCCUUCUUCUGGAGACGGCCCGAGGAUGUUCGUGAUCGUGACGGACCCCCUGAAGAUGGCCCACGACACCCAGUCCGGUUUCCACCGCCUGAUCCUGAGGCCCGUCCUGGUCCUUCUGGGGCUCCGGCUGGGGCUGCCGCUGCUUCCUGGACGUCGGGCCUCCGCUCCAGAAAGAGGAGCAGGAAGGCCUGCUGCUACGAGCAAGUUGGUGUGAAGAGGAGGAGGUUGAAUGACGGGAGUGUUGAACAUCAUUUUCUCCCAUCAGGUUCCUCUGAUGUCACUGAUGAUGACAUCACCGUGGGGGUCCAAGGACACUUCCAGGGGCCGUUCUCCUGGGAGGAGGACGAGGAGGUGGAGUAUGAGGAGGUGGAGUAUGAGGAGGAGGAAGGUGAGGAGGACGAGGACAGUGAGGAGGAGGAGGAAGGUAAGGAGGAGGAGGAAGGUGAGGAGGAGGACAGUGAGGAGGAGGACAGUGAGGAAGGUGAGGAGGAGGAGGAC